CUUCAUGCCUUCAUGGUUUAGUCUAGACUCAAGUCUAGAGAGAGAAGAAAAGGAGAGAUUGAUUCCAGAGGAGGGGCAGCUCCUCCUUGUCGACCAUUUCCGGUGUCUUGGCUCUCUCCUCGCGGUGUCUCUGCCUCCCUCCUACCUCCAACUCCUCCUCUCGGUCCUCACAGCAGAGGGAGCCGGCCGCGCCGCCGCGGGUUCUUGGGGUGCCGGCAUUGAGCCGGCCAGCGCGUCAGCAUCAGGAGGUUAGCAUAAACCAGGUGAUUCAUUUUUGGGAGCCUCCAUUAUAUUCGAUUUUCAAAAAUGUCUUGCUGUUUUAUGUGUGGGACAGACAUGAAACAAAAGGUUGAUGGUGAAGGAGGAAACAAGGUUAAGGUUUUUUCCUACAGUGAGAUGAGGAAAGCUACACACAGUUUUAGUGGUGCUAAUAAAAUAGGUGAAGGUGGUUUCGGUUCCGUGUUCAGGGGAAGGCUUAAAGAUGGAACAAUAGUUGCAGUAAAAGUGCUGUCUGCUGAUUCAAGGCAGGGUAUCAAAGAAUUUGUAACUGAACUCACAGCAAUUUCCGAUAUCGUGCAUGAAAACCUAAUUACCCUGGUUGGUUGUUGUGCUGAAGGGUCUCAUAGGAUCCUUGUAUACAAUUAUCUUGAGAACAACAGCCUUGCAUAUACAUUACUAGGAUCAGGCCGUAGCAACAUCCGAUUCAAUUGGAGAGCUCGUGUAAAAAUAGCGGUAGGUGUUGCUCGUGGGCUUGCUUAUCUUCAUGAAGAAAUCCGCCCCCCUAUAAUUCACCGAGAUAUAAAGGCAAGCAAUAUUCUUCUUGAAAAGGAUCUCACCCCAAGAAUCUCUGAUUUCGGAUUGGCAAGGCUCCUGCCUCCCAAUGCAACUCAUGUGAGCACUGGAGUAGCAGGAACAAUAGGAUACUUGGCUCCUGAAUAUGCGGUCAGGGGACAAGUGACAAAGAAGUCAGAUAUUUAUAGUUUCGGUGUUUUGCUAUUGGAAAUUGUUACCGGCAGAUGUAACCACAAUGCUAGGUUGCCUAAGGGAGACCAAUUUCUGCUUGAGAGGACAUGGACAUACUAUGAGCAAGGAAAACUAGAGGAGAUCAUAGAUAUAGAUAUAGGGGAUGAUCUUGAUGUUGAGGAGGCAUGCCGGUUCUUGAAAGUUGGUCUACUCUGCACUCAAGACGCGAUGAAACUGCGUCCCAACAUGACCAACAUCGUCCAUAUGCUGACUGGAGAGAAGGGUGUCUCCAUGGACAGGGUCAAAAAACCAGCUGUGAUUGGUGACUUAGACCUCAAUGGCAACAAUGAGCAGAGACCAACUGAUGCAGACUCAACCACAAUGAGAUCCUUUGCCACGACCGAACCAUUAACAUCGUCAGAAGCGAACACAGAGACAUCUCUGUGAAUACUGUUAUUAUUGUUUUUUCUUGUAAAUUAUAGGGGGAGAAAGAGGUGGAGAAUUAUUCUAGUGGUGCCGUGAUGCUAAAAUGAUGCAUCGAUUUUGUUAGUUGUGUUCAUUUGUUGUUUCAGUUUUUUUUUUUGUAUAUACAUUGAAACAAGGUCAUUGGAUGGAUAAAAAAAGGAAUAAAUAAACUUAGUUCCUUUUUGGUCA